CCUCGUUAGACUCCGGUCUCCCUCCUCCUUUCGGGUGUUCAUGAGCGAGCUUCAAAAUGACUGCCAGGAUUAGACCAAGUAACUAUCAACCUACAUGGUGUCUGCUGUUGAAUAUCCUUUGGCCCAAAUACCCUCUGAGGUGUUGGCGUCAAAGACUGUGCCCAGCAGCUCGAGUGACUGUUCGGCUAUGACCGCUCAUCAGCUUGUCCAUGCUGAGAUAAAUCAGGCGGGUUGUCCCUGCCCAGUAAGUCCAAUUGCUUCUUUUAAAAUAGUCCUGGCGUUCUUUGAUAAAGGGGGAGCCUUGAUUGAAGAUGCCAGAGAGGAAACGCCGGAGAGGAAAGCACCAGCCAUAUUUUGUCCACAUCAACACACUGGUGCUGGUAUGACCUGGAUAGAACACAAGCUAUCUGUUCUAGAUCGGCUUUGCCUCGCCGUUGGUUUGAAUCUCAUAUGUCUGGUGCAAUAGCACAUCUGUAUUGAGUCCCUUCCUCGUUUGGAUCUGUUGAUGCAACAACCAUUCAAGAACCAAGGAGAUCUUGGAUUGGAGUUUACAAGAACCACCUUGGCACACUGUGCGUUUCUGUUGUCAUGUAUUCCAACAUAGUUUAUGCCAACAUAACCAAAGAAGUUGGAACGGAAGUAGUGCUUUCGGAAAUGAGCUCUGGACUGCUCAAUAUGUUGCGAGAGUUGGUGUCUAUGCCGCAAGUGUGUUGUAUAACCAAGCAUUCUUUGUCCGUCUUGUAAUUGUGCAAAAAGAAAAACACAUUAGCAGAAGUUCUAUGACAGACUGUGGUAUAUACUUUCCUUAGAGGCUCUCUUGGUCAUUUAUGUGCAUUAUUGUUGUGCUUUUCCUGCAAGGCUGGAAUUGCAUAUGAUUUGAUCUAUCCACUGCAUCGGUUAACCUGUGGUAUCAAGAUCCUGGUUUUAUUAUUCCAUAAAGAUCUUUCAAUUGACCAACCUCUAUGGUGCGUCGCCGUGGUUGAACAUAACGCGCAUUGCUAUUUUCUUUGGCAAAGCUGGAAUAUAGUACUGGAGAGAUACUGAAACCCGAAGGUACCACCUAAGCUGCCAGACUAGAUAAAAUCAUGUGCGCUUAGUACUGCCCCUACAUAUAUUCACCAAAACGUCAACGAUAGGCGCAGCAGGCACAAAACAACGAACAACACACCCAAGCACUCUGUUGUACAAGAGAACCCGAUAUAAGAAGUCUCUACUGCAGCUAUACUCGAAGCGAUCCAUGGCACCCUCUAUUUACUCAUCAAUGCGUCAAGACGUAGACAGCAUGGUUCCGAGCCGUUAUCUCCCUCAAAACAACCCACUUCUGGUGUGCGAUCCUGAGCCACAUGGAUGGGCAAGGAAAGACCCAAUCGCUCACAGCGAUUAUGUGUCGAUGGAAGAACUUGUUACUUAUAACAACUUUCGACUUGCCAAAUAUAGAGAAGGACAGUCCAUGAACAGCCUGCACAACCUUGAAACCGAGGAAUCCACAAAUAUUCGAACUGUUAUAGAGGCUGCAGAAAACAGAAAAAUUGCCUCACGUAGAGCUGAUAUCGUCAGGGCCAUCCGUGGCCAAGCUAGCCCGAGGAAGAAUCCAUAUUCCGAGAGCUUCACAAAGAGACGCAAUGUGCAAGGUCUCCGCAACAGAGCAACUUACUUCGCGAAAAAAGAGGGGUGGGAAGAGUGCCAGAGAGAUUACUGGCUUCAACAGGAUGCCAUAAGCUGGGAACAGUCCAUCAAUAAGGCUUUGCCUCAGACGCCACCUUUGAGUCUUCAUCAGCGAAGCAAGUCCGAGGAAUCGAAGAUUUUAAGAGUUGCUAGCUCCGUCUAUUCGGAUGAUUCUUAUGCCCCAUCUUCUAGGCAUGGCCAUGGAAUUAACAAUCGUGAUGACCUUUCCAUGGAUGUCUCUGCCUCCGAUUCUUAUGCCGAAUCGGCUGAUGGCUAUCCUAACUCGCCGCCUUCGCACUCUCAUACAAGCCAGAUUCACGAGACCGAAGAUUCUUCCAGCAGCCCGCCGGAAAUUUCGGACCCAGAUUACCAGAUUAAUGAGGGACUAUUGAAAGAGCUGAAAAAUCACUACCUGAAACCGAGGAACAAAACCUCGCACGAGGAAAGCACGUCGUGUAAGCCAGCCACGACGCAGAAGGUCAGUAACUUCUUGUAUAGAAGCAACUCGCUGCCAGUGAAUGUCACACCAAUGAGCGAACGCCAAAAGACUCGCCUUGAAAUGUUCCGAGAGAGUGCCCCAGCCAAUGGUACGAGUCAGGUGGAUAGACUGCCACAUCAUGUUGCAAUCACUCGGCCUCGGGCACCCGUCCUAUUGAGUCCCGUUAUAAACGCCGAGGAGCUGCACCCUGCGGACGAUCAGUUAACUGGCAUACCAAACAACGCAAGAUACCAGUCUGCAAGUUAUCCUGGUAGAAGUUCGUCUAUAUCUCACCAACCAGCUAUUCGCCGACCAGAAAUCGCCAUAGUAACCUACGGCAAUGACGAAAACAACCAUGGGACAGCUCAUACUAACGGGUAUCAAUCCGAGGAGAACGGUUCACGAAACUUUCGCCAGCGCACCGUUAGCACCGGCUAUCCCGGAGACAGAAGCACAAGCACACUUGGCGGGGACGAUGUUGACUCCACCGACCAAGAUGCGUCAGCAUCGGAAGGACUUGCAGACUCACCGUUGAAGAAAAUAUUUGGUGAUGGUGGCUCUUUUGAUCAACUCAAGGCCGACACGAAGCCAGUUCUCAAGUCUAUGUGGGGCUCUGUAAAGGCGAAGGUUCAUAUAACCAAACCGAAGAUGGACAUGUCAGCCUUCAAAGAGAUGUUCUCUCUCCGCUCACAGGAUCCUAACUUGGGAAUGGUGACCUCCAAUUUCAUGAUAUCUUGUGAUCAAGAAUUUCAGUCGUCGCUAUAUGCACGCCUUGAUCUUUUAAUCUGCACAGUUGCGAACAAAUUUCUCCUGUUUGAGCAUUUUGAAAACAGGAUCACUCCAGCCACAGCCGCCCGAUACAUAGAGAAGUGGGUUAAGCUAGGUAGAGCGCAGUUCACUGAGUUCAACUGUGGCCAACCUUUCCAAGCGUUGAUAAUCUGGGAAUGUCGCGAGUCACUUCAGUUCUACGGCGACCACGAGGCUCGUGUAAGGAACGCGGCCCUCGACACGUGGCUCAAAAAUGCCAACUCAAUGUCUGUGCUAACUCGAUGCAAUGGGGAUUCUGCUAUCCAGAAGCAUAUGCAUGACUCCUGGAAGGUUCUGGAGAUACUAGGCGGCACCUGGGAUGACUACGACUCUCUGUCCCGCCUUCACAUUUCGUUUCAUGAUGUGGUUGCUGGCGCGAAGACACGCAAUGAUGCCCUUGGCAUUGAACAUGAUUGGAACCCGCCACCUGUGCCACCGACCCCGGCGAUGGCAUCAAUAAAGUCCCCAGAUUUGUCCCACCUGUACAGACAAGAUUGAACUGCUGUUGGUAUACUCGCUCCAAAGUUUAUGCUCAAGAACCUGGCCUGUCGACACUCAAUAAUCUCGAAUACAAAGUACCCUGUACCAUAUACGAUGGCCUGUACAAUUAUAAUACAGUUCUAAUUCCUCUACUUCAAUAGUUUCAGUAUAGCAACUGUUAGGCUGCAGAAUACGAUGGGUGCGUUGUACGGAUAUUCGGUGGUUGAACUCUGUACGACUGUAGAAAAUCUUCUGCGAUGCUCACAGCCUACCUAAUUUGCAGGGUUCGCAACACUGCCUGAGCGCAGCCCAAUGGCUGGACAUGAUGUUUCAUGUAGGAAUUGCUUCAUUAUGUAUUAUAUAGGA